AGUCGUGUUCUUUUGGUUAAGUUCAGGUAUUCAGACUCUUGUCCCUGCCAUGAGGAGACGCGGACUCGAAACUGGAUUGGGCACUUCCAGUCUUGGCAUUGAUAUUGGGGGUGGAAGCAAGUUAGAGUCUUGAUGCAAUCUGCAGUUUGAAGUCUCCUCCCGCGAGACCACUAUAACCAUGCGGGAGGAGACUGCCCCUCCCCCUUCCUGGAGCGUGACCCCCCUCCCUUCUCGAUUGAGCCCUGUGGAUACUGGUCCGUUGGUGCAGAACGAUGGAGGAAAGCUUUAUCAAACCGGUGCCCAAACAAGCAAACCGUCGCCGCAGCUCGGUCAGAUCCAGCCUGUAUGGAGAUGUUCGUGACCUAUGGAGCACGGCCACGAUGUCCACAGCGAACAUGUCGGUAUCCGACGUCUGCGAGGACUUCGACGAAGAGGGCAAAUCUGUAAGCAACAGGUUUCGCAAGUACAGCCAGACCAUUUCUAUUAGGGACAACCUCAACCUCGAGCCAGAGGAGAUCCAGCAGCAAGCACGUCUAGAGCUUGAACUGUGCCAUGGCAGGUCCUUGGAGCAUGGGGAGGACCACGUAGAAUCUGAGGCCUCCUUAGCAUCAUCUACUUCAGAGUCACUAAUCUUAAGUCUAUGGAAGCCACAUCGAGCCUACUGGACAGAGCAGCAGAACAGGCUGCCUCUGCCUCUGAUGGAACUCAUGGAGAGUGAAGUUCUGGACAUUCUCAAGAAAGCCCUCAGUACAUAUAGGUCCACGAUUGGCAGGAACCACUUCAUGACUAAAGAGCUUCAGGGAUACAUCGAAGGGAUCAAGAAGCGCCGGAACAAGAGGCUGUACUUUUUGGAUCAGUGAACCUCCAGCUCAAGUGGCCAACAAGACGUCCGUCCCGUGUCCUUUCCGGUUCCUCGAACCCAAGCUCAACCCCAUCAGCAUGGAAUUUGAAUCCUAGAGAAAUUAAAGAGUCUAUGCAU